UGGAAACUCAUAAAAGAAGAACUGUUUGCAUAGUAAAUCACAUUAAAACAAAUAGUAAUUUUGAUCUCCAAAAGUUGAUUUUCUUAGUUACAAAAAAUGGAAAACAAUGUUGGCUCCAGAAGAAUCAUACUAGCAGUCUGCUUUGUCAUUUUUGCAUCAAUGGUGGUGCAACAGAUAUCUGCACAAGUUUGCACCUUAAACUAUGAUGAUGCUUGUGUCCAAAAUUCAACUCCUUGUUGUAAGCCUGGUCUAAUUUGCACUCAAGUAAAGCCUCUAACUUCGCUUCCUCCUCAUUACAAAUGUAAAGAAGGCCCCUGCCCUAACCCGGAGCACCCCGAUGAGCCAUGUCCUUGCGAGGAACACAGCGGGCAUGAGUGUUAUCCUGGAUUAUUUGAAUGUUGCCCUCACACUGGCCUACAAUGUGUUUCUCAAGGUUCUGAUUCGUACCUCUGCCUCUAAAUCAUGUCCAUCAGAAUAUUUAUUUGACUAAGAAUGGAGCUCCAUCAUUAUUGUGUGCUAGCUAUGUGUCACUUCGGUUACACAUUCUAUUACUUUUCCUUUUGAUUGUUGUUUGAAACUUUAAUAUAUACAUGCCAUGCCGGCCUUUUCUUGCUAACUAUAUAUAUAUAAUAAUAUCUAUGGUUUGGAUUGUAAUUCUCAACUUUUUACUUAAUUUAUUUUAUGAUAUCUUUAUUGUUUUGUUUUUUAAUGGGCUAUA